AGUUGACUCCGUUGGCUCCCUAAACACUGUGAAGAAAAAGGGGAAAUGGAGGCCAUUCCUUUGUUCCUUGCCAGCGCGAGCAAGGCGAUCUUGCUUGGUGCCGUGGUGCCAGAAAUGACCAGCCAGGAUGGGGCUCCCAAUGUCUUGGACUCUACAGGUGUUGGAGACGGUGCCGCGGCAGCAGUGGCCCCAGCCGAGGCUGCACCAAUGGCGGAGCCUCAGGUGGCCCACGUGGACCUCCCUCCUCCCAGUGAGCCAGUUCAACCUCAUCCAGUCCAAGCAAUUCCAAGUGCCGAGACUGUCACGACGACCGUCACAACGCCUGCCACUGAUAGCGCCACAAGCGGAGAAGCUGCUGGAGCUGCCACCGAUGCCACCGAUGCCACCGAUGUCACUGCCGUGGCAGGUGCUGCAGAUGCUGCAGGCGCUGGUGCUGAAGGCGGUGCUGCUGGUGCUGAUGCCAGUGCUGGAAACAGCCCGGAUGCUGCCAGUGCGGCUGUGCAGGCUGUGCAUGGUGAGAGCGAAUCUGCCGCACCCAGUGCCCUAAAAGCUGACGCUCAACAGAUUGUUGAGGCUGUGAAUGCCAAAGUUAAAGACUUAUCCAAGGCCUCCUUUGCUUCACAGACUGAGCCCACUCAUCCCCAUGCACCUGUCAUGGAUGAAACCACUUCGAUGAUGUAUGUGACUCAAAAGAUCCAUGAUUAUUUUUCAGGGGGGAUCUCCCCAUCUGAUGUCAGCUCUGUGGUGAAAGAAUCUGUCACAGUGCUACGGGAGUUUGACAAGCUGAACGAAUGAUCGACAUCGCGAUCGGCAUCGCUGGCAUCGCUGGCACAUCGAGUCAUGGGAAAAGGCUAUCUGAUGGCUGAUGGAUCUGAUGGGGUCGGAACGUGCCAAAGGAUGCCCUGCGUUUAUGAGGAAAA